AUGAUGCCGGCAUCUCUAUGGACUAUUGUGAUUUUUUCAGCAGUAUUUGCGCUUGCAUCGAGUGCCGUCGUAACUGAUUGGCCGUCUCUGGAAUUCCACUUCAAGGUCAAGCGGAACUCUAUGAAUGUACAUGGGCAGUCCGAUUUUUUCAUGUUCGCAAACCCCGUCGUAUCCACCGACGGUAACCGCGUACUCUACGACGUUUUCUCAACUAUUUCCGAUGGCAGGAUAGUCUACAACUAUUCCUUAAUUAACGGCGUCGGCUUCUCCUCAAUUUCUUCGCUGGAUAACACGGUGGCUCCAUCCAUAAACUGUCUGGACUCUGAGCUGGGUAAACUCCCACCGAUCAACGCUAUUGUCAACGCGCUUAAUGGUGCUACCGUUGUUUCAAGCACUGGGAAUACUUUAAUCGAAUGUCCAAGUGGAGAAUUAUUUAAGGUUACCGUCAACGGCUUCGAUUUCGCGCUGUGUGCAUCAGAUUCGUCAGGGUUUACUUUGCAAGGUGGCGAUAUGGACGUGGAGGUAAAGGAUCUCGAUAGUCCUGUGGAUAUCCAAAAGCCAACGAAUCCCAAACAACACUGCGAGGCGGUUGCGAAACCAAGUUCUAUUACACCCAUUGGAGAAUCCCUUCUAACCGGCCAGCCGGUUCUCAACGCGACAAGAAACUUGAAAGCUGCAUUCGAUUUCUCAUUUAAGGGAUGGUCGUCGUGUUCGUGCAAAUCGACACCACGCCCUUGUAUCUUUAUUCACGGCAUGGGAGUGGACGAAGAACUGCCUGGCAAUCUGGAUAAUUAUACGGAUUAUUGGGGUGAUCACCUGCCCGACCACGCACCGUGUUGUUCGUCUUUGCAGUUUGCGCAUCUGAAUACGGUGAAUAACACGUGGACGAAUGUUGAACAGCAAGAGAAAGUUUGCAAUCGAGCGCUUAUAGUGAGCGACACUAGUACGGAUAGAACGAUCUCUGACACUAUUGUGGUCACGCACUCGAUGGGGAAUCUCAUGUUUGCUGGAGCGCUUGCAAACGGAAGAUGCAGUCUAGACUCCAGCUCAACGUGGGUGGCAUUAGCUGCCCCUAUGAAGGGCAGUAUGUGCUCGGAUUUCGUCCAAGAAUCCUGCGCGGGUGAGACCAACAUAGUAUGGGAGAAAAUUGGGAAUAUUACAGGACGAUGUCCUGCCACCACGGCGUUGAAAUCCCUAGCGUAUCAAGGUGGGAAUCACACCACAGACGAGCUCGAUGCGGCGUAUACUGCAGCACAAGAAGUGUAUAAGAAUAACGUUUACGCCGCCAUGUGUAGUGAAUGGUACUCUGGCAUUCCAUCCAAGUAUCAGGCAGAAUUCUGGGCGCUGGGUACGAUGGUUCCCCAUAAAUCUCGCAAAAAUGAUGGUAUGGUUGAGUUCCAGAGCUGCGCAAUUGGAAUUCCCGAUUCAGAAUUUGAUGAUUCUUGGAAGUCGCGCUUUUACAAGACAAGACUGAACCAUUACGAUAUGGAGUUUUUAACUGGCGAUUCAUUACUGAAUGGGGAGAAGAUGCCUCUGAAAUGGUUUGAAUGUCUUUUGUAG